UUACUCAUUCAACAUCAGAGAACUCACACUAAAGAAAAACCUUAUGAAUGUAAUGAAUGUGGGAAAAUGUUUAGUCAGCCUUCAUAUCUUAGUCAACAUAAAAAAAUUCACACUGGAGAAAAACCCUAUAAGUGUAACGAAUGUGGAAAGGCCUUUAUUGCUUCUUCAUCACUGAUGGUACAUCAGAGAAUUCAUACUAAGGAGAAACCUUAUCAGUGUAAUGUCUGUGGAAAAUCUUUUAGCCAGUGUGCACGCCUUAAUCAGCACCAGAAAAUUCAAACUGGAGAGAAGCCCUAUAAAUGUAGUGAAUGUGGGAAGGCUUUUAGUGAUAAAUCAAAACUUGCACGACAUCAAGAAACUCACAAUGGAGAGAAACCCUACAAAUGUAAUGAUUGUGGGAAAGCCUUCAGGAAUAAGUCAUAUCUUAGUGUACAUCUGAAGACCCAUACUGAAGAGAAACCAUAUAAAUGCAAUGAGUGUGGGAAAUCCUUCAAGAAUACCACAAUUUUUAAUGUUCAUCAGAGAGUUCAUACUGGAGAGAAGCCCUUUAGAUGUAAUGAAUGUGGAAAAGCCUAUAGAAGUAAUUCAAGCCUUAUUGUACAUAUAAGAACUCAUACUGGGGAAAAACCCUAUGAAUGUUAUGAAUGUGGGAAAGCAUUCAAUCGUAUAGCAAAUUUCAUAGAACAUCAGAGAAUUCAUACGGGAGAGAAACCUUAUAAAUGUAAUGAAUGUGGGAAAGCAUUCAUUAAUUAUUCAUGCCUUACAGUACACCACAGAAUGCAUACAGGAGAGAAACCUUAUAAAUGUAGUGAAUGUGGAAAGGCCUUCAUGCGUUCCUCAUCUCUAAUUAUACAUCAACGAAUUCACACUGAAGAGAAACCUUAUCUAUGUAAUGAAUGUGGGGAAUCUUUCAGAAUAAAAUCACAUUUAACUGUACAUCAGAGGAUUCAUACAGGAGAGAAACCAUAUAAAUGUACUGACUGUGAAAGGGCAUUCACCAAAAUGGUAAAUCUUAAGGAGCAUCAGAAAAUUCAUACUGGAGUGAAACCCUAUAAAUGCUGUGAUUGUGGAAAAUCCUUCAGGACUAAGUCAUACCUUAUUGUACAUCGAAGGACCCAUACUGGAGAAAAACCAUAUAAAUGUAAUGAAUGUGAGAAAGCAUUUACUAAUACAUCACAGCUUACUGUGCACCAAAGAAGGCAUACUGGAGAAAAACCCUAUAAGUGUAAUGAAUGUGGGAAGGUUUUCACAAGUAACUCGGGAUUUAAUACCCAUCAGAGAACACAUACCGGAGAGAAACCAUUUAAAUGUAAUGACUGUGGGAAAGCAUUUAGCCAGAUGAUACAUGUCACAGAACAUCAGAAAAUCCAUAGUGGAGAGAAACCCUAUAAAUGUGAUGUGUGUGGAAAAGCCUUCAGGAGGGGUUCAUACCUUACAGUGCAUUGGAGAACACAUACUGGAGAAAAGCCCUAUACAUGUAAAGAAUGUGGAAAAGGUUGUAUUACUCUCUCACAGCUAACUCUACAUCAGCGAAUUCAUACUGGGGAGAAGCCCUAUAAAUGUGAAGAAUGUGGAAAAGCCUUCAGAACAAACUCAGACUUUACUGUACACCUGAGGAUGCAUACUGGAGAAAAACCCUAUAAAUGUAAUGAAUGUGGAAAAACCUUUAGGAGUAGCUCAAGCCUUACUGUACAUCAAAGAGUACAUCAGAGAGAAACUCAGUUAAUAUAG